AUGACUGUCCUGCUCAAUUACAAUAGUGGCGAGAUUGUGUCGCUGCCUUCGGUCAUUGUCUCUGGAAGGACCACAGCCCACGUACAGAGUGGCCUUGUUCAGUUUGUGAAUAACGCCAAUAAGGUGUUUCCACCGCAGUUCUUUGAGGUGAAUAAUGGCCAGUUUAAGGCGUUUGUUCAUGUUUCGCCUGGUGAAGAGAACAAUUUCGAGAUCCAUAUCCUUGAUCGGGCCCAUUUGGAUGGCAGUGGGUUCCCUGUGAACCACCAGAAUGUGGUUGAUUCAGGGAAGUUGACCUUGUUUUUCAAUCCUUUGCCCCAGAAUAAGCCUGUGCACUUGUGUAUUAUUUUGGGAAGAGACUCAAAUGGGACGUAUGAUAUGCCCAAGUAUAAGACAAACCAGGGCCAGUAUGCUAACUUGGAUACUGGCAUUCAAAGACUUAAAGUUGCUGCUAGAAUGAUGCAGGCGUUUACUCAGGAUGAGUUUCACCGGCUUGGACUCAGCAAUAGAUCGUUUCAGUUUGUGGAGGAGACGGUGCUGCACCAGGGGAUCUUUGGCUACAACGUGGAAUCGCCAACUCCACAUCAAGAAGUGAAAGUUCACGUUUUACGGUCUCCAAAGACGGUUAGUGAACUCAGAAACCGUGACAUUGCACAGCAGGUUUCAGAUGCUAAGGAUAAGGGCUGGUUGUUUAACCAUGCCAUCGAUUUGAUCAGGAACUCUCCAGAUCUUAUUGGUCCCUAUAAGCAAAAUAACACAGCUAUUCAGUGUGCUGUUCUCUACAUGGACUCUACAUGGAACAAAAAGUUUGUUACUACACAUGCUGCUUUAGGUGGCGGAACAGGAGACGUCAAGCUAGCAAUCUUUGGUUCCCAUGGACUUCAUUCUUACCCUUUCACCUUCCCACAAAUCUCAACCACGCUUACUGACGGCACAAAACUUUCCAUUAACGAAGUCGCCAAUGAUGCGAACCAGUGUGGAACGACUUGGGAGUGCCAUAACAUUUGCUUGGGUGCUUUUAUGCACGAGAUUGGCCAUCUGUUUGGCCUGCCUCAUCAAACAGACGGUGUCAUGCUUCGUGAUUACAUUUGGUGGAACCGUUGUUUUGUCACUCGUGAAGUGAGGUGUAUUAGAGACGGAUCGAAUGGAAGAAUCAUCAACCCAGAUGGUCUGUGGCCCAGAGAAUGCCACUGGAACAUUCGUGACCUCAUUCGUUACUUCUACCACGAUUCGUUUACAAUCCCAAUUGACGAUUCUGACCCUUCGUUCCCAAAAAGUUACAACACCACCAUGAAGCCAGAUAACCUGUAUCAGAAUGGUGAAGUGCCAUUGCUGUACCCGGUUGGAGAGGGAAAGGUUAGCGUCAAGUCGGACGCCGGCAUUUUCAUGGUUGAGCUUGUUGAUCAGGACUUGGCCCGUUUCCACACGACAUAUUAUCCAAAAUCAUAUGGCGGUCCUGGUCUCCAGCACGAAAUUAACCUUGACUACAAUCAAUGUUUGAGAGACAUUAGAAACCAAAAGGGAGACGCAAGCGCCAAUUUCUCUGUCAGAGUACUUUCAGUAGCAGGCGACUUGUGGAUCCCAGACUUUAAAAAACAUUGCCAUCUGGCAAACACCAUCAAGAGCGACUUUGGCCUUGGCCGGGGCAACAUCACAGGUAUCAAAAGUGCCUUGCUCGGAUCUGAAAAGGGAGAAAUGAAAUACAUUGGCUUCGAUGCCAAGGGUAUUUACAAGGUAAGAGUGUACCAUGGUGGAGCGUUAGAUGGCUUUACAAUCUUUUAUAACAGCACCUCAGGACAAGAGGAUAAGCCACCGGUGCCAGCCAAAAGCUCGGGCGGCUUGAAUCGUUUUAUGAACAAAUUGAACAUUCUGGACCAGAGACAAUCUGGAUCAGGUGGAGGUGAGGUCACACUAGGCAACAAGAAGUCACAUUACACCGACUUUAACCUCCAGCAAGGCGAAACCGUGGAGAGAUUCAGUUUCAGAAAUGGCCAAUGGUUGGAUGCUAUGAGGAUCCACACGAACCAAGGCCGUGCAUCUCCUAUGUUGGGUAACGCUAGUGGAGGCCACUUGUCGUCGUUGUCAACACCUGGGCCUGAGUACCAGAUCUAG